AAACAGCAAACGGGCCGGGAAUCGCAGUUUCAGGACUCCACACUUCACUGUGUAACCACAGAAAGGAAGGCAGGGUCAGGAUGGACUACAUCUCCCACAAUGCAAAGCAGCUAGAGGGCGCCCGUCCCACCUGUAUUCCCAGACCCCUUUGCGCGGGUUGCUGCGCGUGCGCUGAGUGGCCAGAUGAGUUGUGGAUGUAUGUGGUAUCCUUGCUUCUUCAAUGGCUGCGUGGCUUAAACAGAACUCGCAGAAUCGGACUAGUUGAAAAUUGCGUGUUCUCGUGGCCUUUCCAUAGAGGGCUGUGUCAACUGGGAAGUUCUUCAUGUCGUAGGUUGCCACAAUUAUGACAAAGCGACAGUUUCAGCGCUCCCGUUUCUUCUCAAGAAAACAGCUAACAAACGUACAUGGACCGGGCCGCAACAGGCCAAGGGGCCUAAGCUCUGAACGGUGAACUGCCUCAGAAUGACCGGGGCGUGGGAAAGAAGCCGGGCCCGGAAGUGUCCAGAACGUCGUGCGGGCAGCAGAGGCGGAGGUGUUCGCAGGGAGCCUCAGACCGCGCAUGCGCGAGCCCGGCCGCGCCUCUGCGCACGCGUCAAGGGCCGCGCUGCGCUUCUCUGCCGCGCCGCUAGAAGAAAUGGUUCUGGAGUUAAGUUUGCUAGAGGCUCCUCCGUCUUGAGACAGCAUCCCUGGCGUGGCCAGCACAGUGAGAUGCCCUCCUCCAUCUGCUCUGUGUCCCUGGACAGAAUGCCAUCUGAAAUUUUGCUGAAUAUAUUUUCCUACUUGGAUGCUGUGAGCUUGUUGUGCACUGGAUGUGUGAACAGACGCUUUUAUCAUUUGGCCAGUGACAAUUUUAUAUGGAUCAAAAUCUACUCAGCUACAUUUUCAUCAAAAAGAUCACACUGGAAAAUUUCUUCAGUGGAGGAGACAGCUGCAUCCGUGAGCUCACUCUCAGUUGAGGAUGAGGAGCUCGGUUACUGGAAGAGAGAAUAUAUUACAAAGCAGAUCUCGUGUGUGAGGGCAGCACUAGCCCACAUUCUUAAGCCUGUCAGCCCCUACACAGGCCUUCCUGUGAAGACCAAGGAGGCCCUCAGAAUGUCUGGCUUAGGCUGGGCAAUUAUAUUAAGAGAAAACAGUGGAAAAGAGCACGUCAUGCAGCAUAGUGACCUCUCUUUAAAUGACGCGUCUGUCACGGUUGUGUGGCAUGGCCAAAAUUGGCCACGUCUGGCCACGUUGACCACCCUCGCUCUGUGUGGAGUGACACCAGCUCUGAUGGACCGGCAUAAAGCCCCUGACCCCAAUGGACCACGAUGGAUGUCUUUAAUUGCAAAGUAUGAGUUGAGUCAUUUAAGCAAGUCUACCAUGGUUGGCUGCGACAGACUUGUUCGGAUAUUCUGUCUCAACCCUGGCCUCUUGGUGGGGCUGUGGCAGAAGGAGGACGGGCUGGCUUUUGUCAUGGCAAACCUACAUUUCCAUCGCCUUGUGGAGAGGAGCACCCUAGGCUCAGCCACUCUUCCCUAUGAGCCACCUCCUCACAGUGCAGUUGUGGACGACAGCCCGGAGUAUGGGCUGCAAGGCUAUCAGCUCCACAUUGACAUGCACGGCGGUGGCAUCUUCUACCUGUGCAGUACGUUCCGAAAUCUCUUCUCCAGGAAAGGGUGCAUUGAGAAUGGAUAUAUGAAGUUCAUGGUGAUAAGUUUAAAAAAUAACAGAGAACACCUCCCUCUUAUUGGAAAAGUUGGCCUUGCAUGGAGAACUAAUGUUUUUGAUGGCUUUAUUGAGAGUUGCUCUGUAGUGGACGUGACUCUUCUGGAUGAGCACAGGAAGCCCUUUUGGUGUGUGAGUUCUCCGGUGUGCAUGAGGCCUGCCGCCUGCCCCUCCGACGGUCCAAACUUCCUGGGGCGCACUUACUACAUGGACUACAUGGACACAGAAGGAGGGGUGCAUGCGGAGCUGGUGUGGAUUGAAGAGACCGAAGAAUACUUCAUUAUCAGCCUGGUCCUUUACCUCAGUGUAGCAAAAAUAAACCAUUGGUUUGGGACGACAUACUGAGUUUUAGCAGUAGGUGGCAAAGUCUUGUUACUAGUGAGCUGUUUAUUUUUUAAAACUUUGUUUUUAUUGAAAGUUAAAAUAAAGCGAAUCUGUGGC